AUGGUAACGAAAGAUUCCGUUGCUGUUGCUGUAUCUGCAGUUGAUGAGGAAGACUUGCCUUAUGAUGAAUGGCUUCAGGAACUGAGGUUUCAGGUGAACGAGGAAAGGGGAGUACCAGUACACACAGAGGUAACUACACUGCUACAGAAGUUACGCAUGGAGCAAGAAGAAUGUCGUUAUGCCUUCCGACUAGAUUAUAAAUAUGAUGUAAGUUUGGAAGAAACUAAUGUUAAAGAACUUCGUCGCAAGGCUGAUCAAACGCCUGACAAGUACAAGAUCUGUAUCUUCCGCCAAGACAUGACUGGACGUGCUUAUGCUGUCCCCCAAGACAAAAAGUCCGCAGAUGAAAUACCCAUCAUGAGUAAAAAGCGUCGAGGACAUGCCCUGAACAGUGAUAAGGUUCUUGUAGAGGUCUUAGAAAAUAAGGAUGAGCAAGAAGUUGAAGAAAGUCAUGAUGCCGAAAGAGAAAUCAAGAUUUCUGGAAGGGUAGUAGGCAUUAUUGAACACAAUGCUAAUCCCCAAAUACACAAGUUUGUGUGCUACCUUGAUCCUCGGAUUAAUAAUGUUAUGGUGCCCAUUAACCGUUCGUUUCCUAAGAUGAUUAUCCUGGGAGGAGGCACCUCAAAGAAUAGUGCAGCUGUGGUAACACUGUUUGAGAAAAAGAAAAACAAGGCGCAAACACGACCUGAACGCAGCCCGAGAAGAGAAGUAGAGGUUAAAUACGCGGAGAGACAUCAUAAACUCUUUGUUGUUUGCUAUCGAGAGUGGCCUCCAAAGACUCCAUAUCCACUGGGAGCAGUUGUUGAAGAGUUGGAUCAUGGAGAUACAGAACAAAACGGGCUUAAAAUCCUUCGACUUGUGCACGGCAUCAAAGAUCAAUGCGAGCCAGCUGCAAUAGAACAAAUGCAUCAAGCUUUCCCUGAAGGAUGGAGUAUUCCAGAUGAAGCUGUUCAGAAAAGAGAAGAUUUCCGAACGACAAAGACCAUCUUCACUGUGGAUCCUCCUGAGUCCACAGACUUGGAUGAUGCCAUCAGCUGUGUCUGUCUACCUGGGCAGCGCUAUGAAGUUGGUGUACACAUUGCAGAUGCGUCCUACUUCAUUCAACAGGACAGUUCAAUGGAUAAAGAUGCCUACGAGAGGGGUACAACGUUCUACCAUCCAUUCGGAGGUGAUGCCUAUCAUAUGCUGCCAAAGGAUGUGAUCUUGAGACUUCUAAGCUUGCUCCCGGGACAGGAUAGACUUGCAUUGUCAGUCAUUUUCACUCUUGAUCAUGAAGGGCAGAUCAUAAUUGACCAGCCUAUCAUUUAUACAAGGUCCGUGAUUAAAUCAUGUAAGAGACUUACCUAUGCAGAUGCAGAGAAGUUGAUUGUUGACAGCAACAGUACUUCUAAUGCACACAUGUGUGUUGCAGAACCUAUUAGGUAUUUAGAUAAGCUGUCAAGACAUCGCCGAUUGCAGCGAUUGGGAGAUAUACAUAUGGUGUACAAUACUGAUGACGAUGAUGAAGGGGCACUUUCUUAUCCACAUGCUCACGUCAUGAUAGAAGAGCUGAUGCUUAUGACUAACAAUGCUGUUGCUAAGCAAGUUCUUUCCAGGUUUCCUGAGUGUACACCACUUCAUAGGCAGCUGGCACCAUCGCAAGAGAAGGUAGAGACAUGGAAAAGAUGUCAUGACAAGACAUUAAGAAACAGCAUUCGUCUUUCUGGGCUUGCGGAUCCUAAUCACAAUGAUGCAGUGCUUGGAGGCCAAGAAGCAGGUCAAGGUGGAGCAGACGUCCUAGUUGCUGCAGAAGUAUGGCAGAAGGUCAGAGAAUGCUGUGAAUCAAAAAAUGCAUCAAGAAGUCAUAUGGAGGAUAUGGCUAAUCUCAUACUUCAAGAUGAAAACCAUCCACAACAUGCACUGGCUCAGUUUGACCUCUACGCUAUCAUGGAAUCUGCAGAAUAUGUCGUAUCAACAAGCGAAACCACGCCAGAAAAGCAAGAACACUAUUCGCUGCAGAUGAGAGCAUAUACUCAAUUCACCUCACCCAUCAGACGUUACAUUGACCUUGUUGUGCAUAGGAUGCUUGUUGCUGGCAUGGAGAAUAGCAAAUGCCCUUACACUGCUGAGGAGAUGGCUGAGAUCACCCAUCAUUACAACAAUCAACAUACCAAAAGUAAGCGCUUCGGCAUAGCCACAAAAGAGCUGAAGUUGGCUCUGAAGCUCAAGGAAGCUCCUCUUCAGGUUACAACUUUUGUGGAAGGGAUCACUGAGUCAUCUAUGAAAUUGCUUAUCCCGUAUCGUAGAUACAUCCAAUCUAGGCGGAGAGAAAUUCCCUUUAGUGUUCUGCAGCCCUUCGAGAAACCAGUAGUAAAUAAAGGUUUCACAGAUGUUCAAGUUACAUGGAAGUGUAGCAUGUAUGACUACAGCAGGAAAUGCCAAGCAGAAUCACCAGCCAGCACUAGAGUCACAAAUUCAGACGUUCCUUUCACAAUUCCAGAGGACAAAUGGCAAGAGAUCCUGCAAUCAAUCAAGAGUAUGUAUAGGGAUGGAAACGUAGAGAAAGUUCGGACUGCCAUUGGCACAGCCCUGAUCCAUGCCCAACCUAGCGAUAAUCCCUUCACGGAGGAGGAAGGAAGUAGAGGAAAUUUCCAACGAAGCUACAAGUUGGGUGAUCCAUGCAGGGUUCAGAUGCAUGCACAGAUGAUGGAGGGUAUGCUUACUCCAAAAGUACAACUCUUCAACAUGACUCCUCACUUGGAUAUUUGUGCAGACCAUCGAUCACAACCCAUUCAGUGCUUCUCAAGGAUAGCCACUAACAUUCCAGGCAGGGAGGAAAACAUUAAAGAAUACAAGUCAAAAUGGCUUCAAAUCCUGUCUAUGAUCUCCUGCCACAACGCAGUCAGCAAUGAUGACACCAUCAUUAUACAGAAUGUGCCAAUCACAUGGCGGAAAACUUCAAGUGAGUUCACAGGUCACUUUCAGUUAGAAAAGAAUUUCCUUAAAGUGAACCACAUACAGAUCUGGGAAACAAGAAAGGUAAUAAAGUAUUACCUGUGCAUACACCUGGCCAAUCUUGACGUGGAAACCAAAGCUUUGCUACAGAUCAAGGAGUAUGAUAACCGAGAACAUAGACAUCAUGUAGGUCCAUUCAACGCUAAGGACUGGGAGAAGCAAACGUGUGUUCUCCACUGCAGCAUAUUGAAAGACGAGGAUUGUCAGGAUUGUCGCACAUUUCAAAAUUCAAAGUCACUUCCAGUCCACUUUGUAGUGCAUCAGAAGUCCGUGCCACUUCCAGAAGGGAGUAAUGAUCAUCAUGUUGCAAGUACUGUGGAGAUCAUUUCGAAACCAGAGCCAAUCAGGUAG